AUGGAGGAGGCACAGCACCAGACAAAGCGCCAAAAGCGCGAGAUCUACCGCAGUAGCCAUAAAACUGAGGAUGGCAGUGCAGAGCUCCCCCGCAAGAAAUUCUAUCGCCAACGAGCUCAUGCGAAUCCUUUUUCUGAUCACCUUCUAGUAUAUCCCGAAUCUCCAGCAUCGAUGGAUUGGUCAGAAUACUAUCCUGCCUUUGUACAAUCCCAGCAAGCAUCCGCCGCUGCUCCAUCCGAGGAGCUCAGCUCUGGAGUCACAUCUACAACCAAUUCCAUGACGAAGAGAGUCGAAGUAGCAGACAUUGGAUGCGGGUUUGGGGGUCUGUUGGUGGCUCUGGCACCGCGCAUGCCUGAUACGUUAUUAGUUGGUAUGGAGAUUCGUACACAGGUCACGCAGUUUGUCCAAGACAGAAUCAAGGCUCUGCGAAACCAGAACCCCGAGAAUGGCGAAUACCAAAACAUCGCUUGCCUGCGAGCGAACACGAUGAAGUUCCUCCCAAACUUUUUCGACAAGUCCCAACUCUCCAAAAUAUUUUUAUGCUUUCCCGACCCGCAUUUCAAAGCGAGGAAGCACAAGGCGAGAAUUGUAUCUACCACAUUGAAUUCAGAGUACGCGUAUGUCAUGCGACCGGGCGGGAUUGUAUAUACAAUUACGGACGUCGAAGACCUCCACAAUUGGAUGGUCCGGCAUUUUGAGGCCCACCCUUCUUUUGAAAGAUUGUCAAAGGAAGAGGAGACCGCAGAUGAAUGCGUUCAAGUAAUGCAGGAUGAAACCGAAGAAGGGAAAAAGGUGACACGGAAUAAUGGCAAUAAAUACACGGCUUGUUUCCGUAGGCUUGAGGAUCCGCCGUGGCCAUAG